AGAACUAAAAUUUCUCAAAGAGAAAUUGAAAAGUUCUCUACAAUGUCAUCCAUAAUAGAAGCUGAGAACCUACCAAGUCAGCCAGCAGAGACACCACUAGUGAUUGUGCGAGAGUAUGAUGAAGAAAGAGAUACUGUGUUGGUGGCGGAGUUGGAGCGGCGGUGUGAGAUGGGUCAGCGUGGGAAACUGACACUCGUCACCGACCACAUGGGUGACCCAAUUUGCCGUCUUCGAAAUUUUUCAACACAUGUUAUGCUGGUAGCAGAGUACGGAAAUAGAAAGGAAAUUGUGGGGACUAUUAGGGGGUGUAUAAAAACUGUGACAAUUGGACAGAAAAGCUCAAGUGGAUCUCCAAUCUAUGUGAAGCUGGCUUAUAUUCUGGGACUCAGAGUUUCGUCUAAGCACAGGAGGCUUGGAAUUGGUACAAAACUUGUUCAACAACUAGAAGAAUGGUGUAGACAAAAUGGAGCUGACUAUGCAUACAUGGCUACAGAUGGUGGCAAUCAGCCUUCCCUAAAUUUGUUCACCCUAAAGUGCAAUUAUGUCAAAUUCAGAAACCCUAAAGUUUUGGUGCAGCCUGUUCAUCUUCACUACAAGCCAUUAGGCUCGGGUAUCACGAUAAUUAGUGUUUCUCCACAGCUUUCUGAAUCAAUAUAUCGUCGAAUAUUUUCUCACUCAGAGUUCUUCCCUGAGGACAUCGAUUGUCUUUUGUGUAACAAACUCAAUUUAGGCACUUUCAUGGCCUUAACAAAGAAUUCCCUCAGAAAUUGGACCCCUAGAACUGGAGAUUUACCCCCGAGUUUUGCCAUUCUUAGCAUAUGGAACACCAAGGAAGUUUACAAGUUACAACUGAAGGGUGUUUCAGGACUAACGUAUGCAGCUUGUUUAGGAAGUAGGGUUAUUGAUGCCUUGAUGCCAUGGCUAAAAUUCCCAUCACUACCAAAUAUUUUGGGGAAUUUCGGGUUUUAUUUUCUUUAUGGACUUCACAUGGAAGGAAAGGAUGGGUCUAAUCUCAUGAAAUCUCUUUGUGCAUUUGCUCAUGAUAUAGCUAGAGAUGAUAAAGAUUGUAGGGUUUUGGUGGCUGAGGUAGGGCAAAUGGACCCUGUUGGAGAGGCAAUUCCACACUGGAGAAAAUUUUCAUGGGAUCAAGAUAUAUGGUGCAUUAAGAACCUUAGAGCAGCACAAGGAGAAGACAAUAGAAAUUCUCAAGAAUAUUGGAUCAAAUCUCAGAUAUCUUCUUCAGUUAUUUUUGUUGAUCCACGUGAUAAUUGAAUAUCUUCUGAGUUUACGUACAUUCAUUUGACAACAAAAUAUGUUCCGGGCUAUG